AUUCAUUAAAAAUUGUUCAUAUUUUGUAAAAACACAUACAAUUUAUCGUAAUUUCUUGAUCCAAUGUGUUCAAUAAAUAAAUUUCACAAUUCAACUAAAAUCCUUUUUAAUCAAUGAAAACCGCAAGUUGCGAAAUUCAAAAUUGUUAAAAUACCUAAGAAAUUAGUAAAGUAAUUGAAAUAACGACGAGACGAUAAAAAACCAAACGCAACAAACAUGUCACGUCACAGAAUUGUACGGACCAUGGACUAUAACGACGAGUAUGACGGUUAUGAUGAUGUCUAUGGUCAUUCCGUCGAUGAUGACAAUUGUAUUUCACCGACAGAUGCACAACAAUGGCUGUAUGAUCGGGCACGAGGUCAGAAUUCGAUGUCUGCAUUUAUGAGGGACAAUAAAGACAUAGCUGAAGAAGAAGAGGAGGGGGAGGAAGAUGCUGACAAAUCUUAUGAUAAAACACGGCGAGAUUCUGAUAAUUUCCAAAUGCCCGUUUUGAAUGAUAUGGAACAGGCCCAAUUGACCUCUUGCAUUGAUGAGGUGCGUAGUGUGGUGGGCGAUGCCGUGUCCGAGAAACGUAUAGUGGAAACAUCGAUUAAAUUUAGUUAUGACAUAAACAAAAUUUUGGAUGAAAUUCUCAAUGAUGAAUGUGAAAAUAAGGCCAAGAGAAUACAACAAGAAGUUCCAAAUCUUCAACCCAAGGGACACGGACCACGUAAACUCGCUAUGGGGGAUAUGGAUAAAUCUUCCGGCUCCGUACCCAUAGUAAAAGUUACCGCAGCUCAGGGUGAGGUGAAGAGAGGUUUUGAUAUUAGUUCUCCCUUACUGCAAAGUUCACCGGCCGCCUCGGGCCGUAAUACUCCUGUAGAUAUUAGUGAGGAUUCGGCCAAAAAAUUGCCAGCAGAUGCAGCAUCAGUCUUCAAAGUUUCUAAAGAACAAGCACAACGAGAUAAUAAACAACUGUAUAGCAAGGAACGUUCAGAUCAAAAGCAUCAUUUCCAUAUGAUUGUUAUUGGGCAUGUGGAUGCUGGCAAAAGUACUCUUAUGGGUCAUUUACUAUUCGAUACAGGCAAUGUAUCGCAAAGAGUAAUGCACAAACACGAACAGGAAUCGAAGAAAAUGGGCAAACAAAGUUUUAUGUAUGCUUGGGUUCUCGAUGAAACUGGGGAGGAGAGAGCAAGAGGUAUUACAAUGGAUGUUGGACAUUUUCGUUUUGAGACUGACAGCAAAGUUAUUACCUUGUUAGAUGCUCCUGGCCAUAAAGAUUUUAUACCCAACAUGAUAUCGGGAGCAACACAAGCAGAUGUUGCUCUAUUAGUAAUCGAUGCCACAAGAGGUGAAUUUGAAUCGGGUUUCGAUUUAGGUGGUCAAACUAGAGAACAUGCUCUGCUAGUACGUUCUCUUGGUGUUAAUCAAUUGGGUGUGGUAAUCAAUAAACUCGAUACGGUGGGCUGGUCUAAAGAACGUUUCGAUGAGAUUGUGCAAAAACUAAAAGGGUUCCUAAAACAAGCCGGAUUUAAAGAAUCAGAUGUUUCGUAUACUCCCUGUUCGGGUCUAACCGGGGAAAAUUUAACUAAACCCGCUACCGAGGAGGCCUUAACCUCUUGGUAUAAAGGACCUCAUUUGCUAGCCGUCAUAGAUAGUUUUAAAAUACCCGAACGUUCAAUAGAUAAACCCUUCCGCAUGUCGGUGUCAGAUAUUUACAAAGGUACCGGUGCUGGUUUUUGUAUUUCCGGUCGCAUAGAGACUGGUGUUUUGGCUGUCAACGAUAAAGUGUUGGUGGGUGCUCUCAGGGAACAGGCUCAGGUUAAAAGUCUUCUAAUCGAUGAAAUGCCUCAAAAUACAGUAUUUGCUGGUGAUCAGGUUGCUGUUACUUUAUCCGGAAUAGAUGCUAAUAACAUUAUGGUGGGCAAUAUCAUAUGUGAUCCUCAACAUCCCAUACCCGUAACUUCACGUUUUCAAGCACGCAUACUCGUCUUCAAUGUCAAAGUACCCAUUACCAUUGGCUAUCCUGUGCUGUUGCAUCAUCAAUCUCUUAUCGAACCAGCUGUUAUUUGUAAACUUAAUGCUCAGAUCCAUAAGGGUACCGGUGAAGUGGUCAAGAAGAAGCCCCGUUGCCUGGGUAAUAAUUCGUGUGCUCUAGUCGAAUUGGAAACCACACGUCCGAUUUGUAUUGAACGUUAUGCUGACUUUAAGGAAUUGGGACGUGUGAUGUUACGUGUGUCUGGUGUUACCAUUGCAGCUGGUAUGAUUACAAAAAUUCGCUAAUACCUCGUCUUCUGUUCUUUUUUUUAUUUUCUAUGGGGAUUGAUAUUGUUUGCGUUUUUGGACUUAAGUGUGUUAGAUUAAAAAAAGAAAAGUUUCAUAUUUUCA